AUGCCACUGUGUCCAGCCCACACUGUCAAGGGUGUAGACACCGAUGCGCUGACAGCCAUCCGGGCCGGCGUGCUCAACGCAGGCUUCAUCCCCGUGGAUUCAGAGACCCAGCCAAACACGCUCAAUGUGGGAUUGAUUAAUGCUUCCCUCACCUUCUCCCUCUACCUGGACCCCUUCGAUACCUCUGAUGACAAGCACGAUCCAACCGCCGCCUCGCGUCGCCGGAAGCUUCUUGACCUGCUCAUGUCCCAUUCCCAUCUCGUCUUCUCCCUCCAGCACCAAACGGCACUCUUCCAGGUACUCGUUAUCGGCCGUUGUUUCCGCUUCCUACGCUGGGAUAAGUCCGGGGUCAUCUACACCGAAGCCACCGACUACGUUUCCACUCAGAAGGGUACCAAACAUCUCCUCCGCAUGCUCCAUCUGUUCUCUCAGCUGGACCCGGAUCCCACUGCCCCUCCGUCACCUACCGCCCCGCCAAGCGAUCCUCGUGAGCAUGCCAGCCUUUACGACCCAACAUUCGAGUACAUCCGCACGGGAUUCGCUCAGUCGCUCGAGGACUUUCUGCGAUACGUGCUCGACAUCGACGGGAGGCUGUUCCUCGCGGGCGCCCCUGUUUUUGUCGCCAGCGGCAUGAUCGGGCGUGGGACCAAAUGCUUCUUCGCGCUCGACUGGCUCACACAACGGAUCGUCUUCAUCAAGGACAGCUGGCGACUGUGUGGCGUUGGACUCGAGAGCGAGGGCGUCGUCCUCGAGCGGCUGAACGCCGCGGGCGUGAAGUUUGUCCCCACACGCAUCUGCCACGAGGACUGUCUGGACCAAGAGACGGAGACGUCGAACUACUCUCCCUACACUGGCACGAAGACGGAGCGGAGCAAGCAAGGCGCAAGGCUCCGUCGUUUCCGCCACCACCGGCUCGCCGUCUUCGAGGUAUGUCUGCCAUCUCCGGCGUUCAAGGACGGACGGAUGUGGACGAUGAUACUCUACGCUGCGCUUUGUGCGCAUAUGGACGCGUUUAAACUGUGCGGGGUCGUGCAUCGCGACGUCAGCGUCGGUAACGUUCUCGUGUUUCCCUGCGUCGCAGGAAACCACCUCGAGUGGCAGGGUCGGCUGAGCGACUAG